UUCUCUUCUUUGUCCACGCUGCACGUAGUAAUAAUGGAUGACUGAGAGUUGGCGGAGAGUCGUGGCGGCUCCUCUUCCUUCUUUGUCCACUCGAAGAUCAGUAGAUCAGAUCGCCUGGAGACUGGACGACGCGGUGACUGUGUCGAUCUCCUCCUCCUCCAGCAAUUAUGUGUAUCCGUCUUCUUCGAGUUGGUUUGGAGGUAUAGUAAGGUAAGCAUGGCGGCUUCCUCCCCCUUGCUGCAGCCGCAAGAGCACGGCGGGGCAGCUGGCGCCGGCAGCGGCAAAUUAGAGAUUAAGGCAGAGACGAAGGGAGGAGGAGCGUGGUGGAGGCGGGCGGUGGCGUUGCUGAUAGAUGAGGAGGAGGCCACCACGCAGCUCUGCUUCGCCUUCCCAAUGAUCCUAACCAACGUCUCCUACUACGCCAUCACUCUCGUCUCCGUCAUGUUCGCCGGCCAUCUCGGCGAUCUCCACCUCGCCGGCGCCACCCUCGCGAACUCCUGGGGCACAGUCACCGGAUUCGCUCUCAUGGUUGGCUUGAGCGGGGCUCUUGAGACUCUAUGCGGCCAAGCAUAUGGCGCAAGGCUCUACAAAAUGUUGGGAAUAUACCUCCAAUCCUCAAUCAUCAUCUCCAUCUUCUUCUCCAUCUUGGUCUCCGUCUCAUGGUACUUCUCAGAGCCCAUACUCAUCUGGCUUCACCAGGAGCCCCAAGUGGCAAACAUGGCCGCCCUCUAUCUCCAGUGCCUGAUCCCAGGCCUCUACGCCUAUGCACUCCUGCAGUGCACGCUGAGGUUUCUGCAGACUCAAACAGUUGUGAUCCCUUUGGUGGUCUGCUCAGUGGUUCCACUGCUUAUCCAUGUAGGCUUGGCUUAUGUGACUGUUCAGGUCUUCGGACUUGGGUUUAAGGGCGCUGCACUCUCUGCCUCUGUUUCAAUCUGGAUAUCCUUCAUUAUGUUGGCAAUCUACGUGAAGUACUCCGACAAGUUUAGGUACACUUGGAAGGGCUUCACCGCAGAGGCAUUGCACCAUGUAAUCCCUUGCAUGAAGUUGGCUGUUCCCUCCGCUGUCAUGGUUUGUUUAGAGUACUGGGCUUUUGAAAUCUUGGUUUUGCUGGCCGGGCUCUUGCCAAACUCAGAAUUGAAUACUUCACUCAUUGCUAUGUGUGUGAACACAGAGUCAAUCGCCUAUAUGGUUACAUAUGGAUUCAGUGCAACAGUUAGCACGCGCGUGUCGAAUGAGAUAGGAGCGGGGAACUUGGAGAAGGCUAAGAAUGCAGUCAGUGUGACAAUAAAGCUCGCAGUGUUUCUUGGUGUCACAAUCGUUCUUCUUUUGGCCUUUGGCCAUGAUUUGUGGGCGAAGUCGUUCAGCGAGAGCAACGAUAUCAUAAGGGCAUUUGCUUCCAUGACUCCUAUGCUCGGAGUGUCUAUAGUCCUAGACUCUGCUCAAGGAGUCUUGUCAGGAGUAUCAAGAGGAUGCGGUUGGCAGCACCUGGCCGCAUGGACCAAUUUAGUGGCGUUUUAUGUGAUUGGAAUGCCACUGGCACUGCUGUUCAGCUUCAAGCUGGGCUUCCAAGCCAAGGGGCUGUGGACGGGCUUGAUCUGUGGCCUCUUCUGUCAAUCUUGCACACUCUUGUUGAUCACCCUUCGCACAAACUGGACAAGAAUGCAGAUUUCUGAUAGCCAUGGAAGACGCGAUGCACCUGUUUAGGAUGGCCAUUAGUUUUCUUAGCUAUGCAGAUUUCAAGUUCAAGGAUGAAAGGUUUCGAAUUUGUCAAAAUUGCAAGGAUUUAGUUACAAUUUCUGUUAAUUGUAUUAUUGUAACGGCUCAUUUAUUAUGUUAAAUAAACGAAUACAUUUAUCUCAAUGUGGGGCGCCGAUAGUAGCCACUUGGGAAUAUCAUCUUUUUCUUCAAUUA